CACCAGAGUGGAGACUCCUUCCGAACAGAAAACUUGCUUUCAACGGGCGGUCGUAUGCGCGUGGAUAGCGUGAUCUACAGCUAGUUCAGUCAGUCACUGUAUCGCCUUGGCGUAGGUAACACUCCGUCCGAUUUUGUACCGACCUAGUGCGCUACGUGUGCAGAUCAGCUGUUAGCAACUCAGUGAUUCAGUCAGGGGAAUACACCGCAAAUUGUGCCAUAUUUGGAUUUAAACUCACAUGGAUCAGGAUUACGCUUUCCCAAUCGAAAUCGAGAAAAAGUGUGAGCUGAUAAGUCGAUGAUUUCGGCAGGCGUUGAUGGACGAUUGCCUUACAUGACCUACCCCGAGCCUUGGCGGGGACCGCCUAAGCAGCCCCCUGCUGAAUUCUUGAGGCCGGCCCCCAAACCACUACCCAACAAUAGGUACAAUGGCAUGAUAGCCUCUUCCCCAAAUGGCACGAGACUGGCGCCUCCCCAGCGACCCAUCACCACCAAAUACGCACCCCAACCUUCCAUCAUAACCCCAGUCAACCUAGCCCAGCAUAAGGAAGAGACGCCCAUGGAAGACUUACAGCAGUUCAACGCCUAUGCGAGGCUUUUUCCGCACAAUGCGCAUUUCACGCCAUUCGCCCACUAUCCAGCCCUCUACCCGCAUUACGCCCACACGAUGAUGCGUCAAGCAAACUUCCCUCAAACCCCCCUAUCGCCCCUCGAAACGUUCUCACCCACGACCCCCACAGGAACCACCAGUUCAACCUUCCUGUCGCCAUCUUACAGCCCUCCCUCAGUCUUGAAACCCUCCCAAACGAUAGUCAGAGAAAAGAGGACGCCUCCCCACACCCAAACCUCCCAAAUACCCUCUCCCAACCAAGGUAGCUUCAAGGUACCCUCGGGAAAGGAAGGGUCCCUGAAGCACAGGAUAUUGGUGAGGCCGGAGGAUGUGCCGAGGAGUACGAAUUCCGGACCGUUGGACCUGCAGAAACCCGUCGAGGCUAGCCGGAAGAGGCUGAUGGCGUCCAUGUCACCUCCGAGGUCUCCGAAGAGGUACCACAACAGCAACACGAUGAACAACGUUGGUUUUUCGGCCGGAUCUCUGAUACAGUUGGCCAGUGGGGGUUUGAAGAAGGUGGAAGAGAUGAAAACGGAAGAUUUUAUAUGUUCGGCUGAUAAUAACGCGGAACUGAGGUUGGAGGAGAGCACUGUGGUGAAAAUAGACGAGAACAAGACGACUGGAAACAUAAAUGUUACGCUCAGCUACAAUCAGAGGAGGAUGCAGGUUACCGUAGAAUCCACAAUAGAGCACCCAUACUUCAUCUACGGACAAGGAUGGGCUUCCUACAGCCCAGAAAAAACGUUUCAGUGUUACGGACUGAAAGUGAACAGGUUACAAGUGGGCGAUAUCCUUGUAUCCCUCACUCCAAGAGAACCACCACGUGAACACAAAUACCAACCAGAAAGGAGUUCAACAGUUGUGACCACGACGAUGACGUCUGCCCUACAGCCGCAGGUUUCGUCGACAGUGUCAACCAGCUCAAACCAUCAUGAAAGUCAGCCUCAAACACAACCAUUGAACCUACACAAUUCGAAUCAGCCCCAUAGGACCCUAUCUCCAGACAGCCUGGCCGCCAGGAAAAGGAGAUGGUCAGCUCCAGAUCAAAUCAGCGAAGAGGAGAUCAACAGUAGGAGGCAUCGUGGCGAGUAAUAAGGUUUCUUUAAAUUGACUGAAUUGUUUAAAUUACGAUCGUGAUAGAUCGUAACAAACUCGAUGUUAAAUUGUGCUACGUUCACAUACGUUUUGUAUAUUGUACAUAUGUAUUUUUGUUUCCUGUUUGAAUGUUGAUUCUGGGAAGUGGUCACGGUUAGCUUGAGCUUGAUCUGGUAUCGAGUCUUGAUCAGAUUUGCGCGUUAUUCA